GGCAUUAAAGACAGGCAGCACACGGGCAGCCCAUGGGGCCUGUCUGUCAAUCCUGGUCAGGCAUGGUCAAGGCCAGCCUAGACGGAGGGGUCCUUCUUGUCAUGCCGCGCUGGUUGUUUGAAUGGUGAAGCGGUAAGAAGAUGAAUAUGCUCCGGGAGAUGCAGGUACUGAAAUGGCGAUUAGCUGUGAGCUUUGCGUGGACCGUCCUGCUGCUGCCUGUGAUCUGCAUGGUUUUCAUCACCCUAAGCAAGAUACAACUCUUACAUCCAAUAGAUUGGUUCACAGCGUCCGUUGGUGAAUUUAGGAGCCCUUACACAUGUUUCUGCAUUCUGUUACUUUGCGUAGUAUUGGGGAUUCACUGUAUCUUCAAUGUGGAGUUCUUCACAGUGGUUCCUUUCAUCCCCUGCUCUCGAAUAUCCCUUAUUAGACAAAUACUACUUCCACAGCGUGUUCUCCAUUCCUUGAUUCAUGCUGCUAUGGGGGUGAUGGUCUUCUGGUGUUGUUCAGUCCUCUCAAAUCGACACUUCUGGCUCCUGGUUGCUCCAUGCACAUCUGCGUCUAGUCUGGAUGAAAAUGCGGUCCCAUCAAGCUGUCUUAAUGAGCAUAACCUCUUCUUGUUGCUUGCUGGAGCGUUCCUUGGCUAUAGCUACAGCCUGCUGUACUUUGUGCACAAUAUGAACUACGUUCCCUUCCCGCCUAUACAGCAAUUCAAGUAUUUGCGGUUUAGACGGUGUCUACCCCUGCUUAUAAAGCACAGCUGUAUCCAGUCGCUGUAUCUGGUUCGGAACUAUGCUGUUGUAUACUUUUUCCUUGGGUACAUUCCGCGGUCAUGGAUUCUGUCGGUAAUGAAUUUGCAGAUUGAUGGGCAGCAGCCAUCGCUUGAUACUCUGAGAGGACUCUUGAAUCUCUCGUUGUUUUACCAGACCUGGCUGGGUGCUACCUUUCUGCUCACCAUGUGGCACAUGGUGUGGCUUCUCUUCAGAAUCCAUGCAACGGAGGCUCAACUUUUUCCAGUGCAGUCUCUCUUUGUACAAGAAGAAGAACAAUGUCUUACUAAUGUAUUAAACAGUAAUGAUCCUCUUCUCAAGUACCUGGCCUUCCAGGACCUUGUUCUUCUUGCUCAGUAUUCACCAUCUAGAAGACAAGAAGUCUUCAGCCUUAGUCAGCCAGGGGGUCAUCCAUACAACUGGGCAGCAAUCUCUAAGGAAUGCUUGAGUUUGCUGAAUAAUUUGACUGCUAGGCUUGUUGCUCAUCAAGAAGCUGCUGCGGAGAACGGGCGUACAAAGCUCCUUUCCACCACAGAGUCUCAGAAGUCGUUCAGUGGCUCAGGUACAUCCCUUGUUGAAGAAUCUAUUGGCCAGACACCAAGACUGAGUGUAAUGUCUCGAACUGCCAUCCCUUCACUGCUGAAGAGCACCUACACGCUUAAACAACUGGCCUCUGAAAGCCCUCUUGCAUCUCCAGUGGCCAGUAGAGUUUCUGCCGACAUUAAUUCUCCAUGGCAUGGCUCCAUCCAAAGCCCCCAUGUGAUGAGGAGAGGUGCAAAACUGUGGACACAUAGUCCAGAUUCCCAUGUAAAUGGGUCAGAGGUUGGUGAUAUUUCUCCUGCAACAAAUCCAAUACCUACACCUGUCAAAGACCAACAGAACUUGUUCUACACAUGGUAUCAGAAAAAACAAGAGCAGAUGAAAACCUACCUGUCGAAGAGAGUUCUGAUCACAUAUCUCUUUAGCAAGCUCCCAGAAGCAUCUAGUCAGGAUGUGUUCGCUGAUGCGCAGAUACAUAUAUGGGCCCUGGAAGGGUUAUCUCACCUGGUUGCAGCCUCUUUUUCGGAAGACAGAAUGGGGGUGGUGCAGACCUCUCUUUCUGCCAUACUUGGAACCUUCAUGUCUUUGCAAGAGGCUGUGGAAAAGCAUUUUAAACUCCCGCACGCUUCCAGCAAACCUGCCAAGAUUAAAGAGACUUUGGUGGAUUCGUCGUACAAGACGCUGAGGUUUGCUCUUCGUGCUGCUCUGAGAACUGCAAUCUACAGAAUAACCACAACGUUUGGGGAACAUUUGCAUGCUGUCCCAGUGUCCUCGGAGCACAGAAGAAAGCUGCAGCAAUUCCUUGACUUCAAUGAAUGAAACUGUAACCCAAAUCUGACACUGACACUUCCCUUCGUGGAGAGGAUUUAUGACCUAUGUGAAAUGGUUAAGAGAAAAAACACUUAUAAACACAAACCUAAAAAUACAUUAAAUGGAACGUUUGUGAAAGAUAAUUUAUUGGACAAUAUUUGGUAUAACUUUUUUUUUUUUGGAAUUGCUCCCUCGUUACCUGUUGAGAGGAAUUAAUAUUUUUGUACAUUUAUCUUUCAUUUUUCUCCUGACUAUAUUUUGUAUAUGUAUCUGUUUUUAAUCAGUGCAAUAGGUUGUUCCACAAUAUUAAAGGUAAAAGCAGAGUGUAAAUUC